AUUGGUGCUCAGUGAUAAACCAUACCCAUUCAGUUUGUAAUCCUUUACUCAAAACUCUCACCCUAAAAUGGCAGCCAUUGAUGCAACUUCAAGAUACGACCGAGUGAAGGAAGUGAAAGAAUUCGACGAGUCGAAGAUCGGAGUUAAAGGCCUGUCCGACUCCGGCAUCACUUCCAUCCCUCAAUUCUUCGUCCACGACCCCGAAACCCUCGCGGACCUCAAACCCUCGUCAAAACACACUGCCCCCACCCUCCCCACCAUCGACCUUUCACAUAUCAACUCGGUUACUCACCGUGACGGAAUUGUUGAGCAGAUCAAACUCGCCGCUUCAACAUGGGGUUUCUUCCAAGUAAUCAACCACGGCAUACCCGAUUCGGUACUCGAUGAGACGUUGAAGGCUGUUAAAGCGUUUCACGAUCAGCCCCACGAGGUGAAGGCCAAGUUCUACAAGCGAGAAGAAGGAAAGGGCGUCAUGUAUGCCAGCAAUAACGACUUGUACCGUGCAAAGGCGGCGAGCUGGCACGACUCGUUGCAGGUCUGGAUGGGCCCUCAGCGCUCCGCGGCGGAGGAGAUCCCUGAGAUGUGCCGGAGUGAGGUGGUUACAUGGGAUGUUUAUGCAACCAAGGUGGGUGAAACUGUGAUGGAGUUGCUUUCAGAAGGGUUAGGGUUGGAAUCUGAGAAGUUUAAGGAGCUUACGUUUUCGGAUGGGAGGGUGAUUGUUGGCCACUGCUAUCCCUACUGUCCUCAACCCGAUCUCACGAUGGGGAUUACUUCGCAUACUGAUCCUGGGAUACUUACAGUUCUAUUGCAGAACCAUGUACCUGGAUUACAAGUGAGGCAUCAGAAUGAGUGGGUGGAUGUCAAGCCUGUGCCUGGUGGUUUAGUUAUCAAUAUUGGAGAUCUUCUUCAGAUAAUCUCCAACGGCGAGUAUAAAAGCAUACAACAUCGUGUCUUGGCCAACUCGUUGAAGGAAUCCCGAAUUUCAAUCAUCAUGUUUCUGAACCAGGGAAAGUGGAAUGAAGAUGGUUAUUAUGGACCUCUUCCGGUGCUUCUGUCACCUGAGAAACCACCCGUCUAUAGAAACUUCACAGUCCGUGAGUAUAUUGAAAAUUUCUAUGGCAAAGGUUUGGAUAACAAAUCUCUUAUUGAAAAAAUCACUAUACAAAAGCUCAACUAGAGAAAAAAUGGAAUCUGAAUGUGCAUAAUCUACUGCAUCAAUAAGGGUAACGAAAUAAUUUGAGUGUAUUACAUUGUUAAAAGUAAACGUGAUAUUAGUUCUUUGAAAAAAUAAAUUGGAGCUAGGUUCAUUAAGUAAGGAUGUUCAAAUGCCUUUUUUGAAGGUAUGAAUAUAUGGAAGCUCGAAAUUUACCAAA